AUGACUCUGGACCCUCUAAAGUUUUGCACGGUAUGUGCGUCAAAUAAUAACCGAUCAAUGGAGGCUCACAAGGUGCUCAAGGACCACGGAUAUCUUGUAAGAUCGUAUGGUACGGGAUCCGCUGUGAGACUCCCCGGACCAACAAUAGACAAACCAAACGUGUUUCUGUUUGGAACACCUUACACAAAGAUCAUGGAAGUGUUGAAUUCACAGGAUUUGAAAAUGCAUAAGAUGAAUGGAGUCUUGGAGAUGACUGAAAGAAACAUGAAGAUUAAAAAGGCCCCUGAGAGAUGGCCGUAUUUGAAUCAGCCUUCGCAGAUGUUGGACACAGAGGAACAUCCUGGUUUUGAGAAUGAGCUGGACUUUCAGGUGGUAAUUACAUGUGAGGAAAGAUGCUUUGAUGCUGUCGUGGAAGAUUACCUUAGCCGAAAUUACUUUGACCCGGGAAAAACAAGCAAAUUGGUCUACUGCUUUAACGUGGAUAUACGAGAUGAUCAUGAAAGUGCCAGACAGGGAGGACAGGCCAUAUUAGAACUUGCCAAGAUGCUUGAUACGACAUACAAGGCGGACUCCAGCGAAAUGCCCUUGCAGGAUAAAAUUCCAGAAAUAAUAGUUCAGUGGCAGAAGAAGUACCCAAGCCUACCAAUUCUUCAUGCCCUUUGCUACCAUUAG